AUGGAAGAAUGGACAAGUAUUCUUGGAGUAUCGUCUUCUGAUCCCCGAACAACAUCGCUGACGCAUUCCUUCUUUCCUGCACUUUAUGUAGGAGAAUCUCCAUACGGUCUCUAUGCGAUUGAUGUUCUCGUCGAUCAUCACACCAUCACGUAUUCACCGAAACUUCUUGGGCCACCUCUUCUUGAAGGAUCUGCUCCGAUUGCUUUAUCGAAGGAAGAAAUUGAGCACUAUCUUCCCCCAAAAAGGCCAAUUGUUACCGAUAUACUUUCGAUAACACAUAAGACGAUUGAGGGCGAAUUUUUAUUAGCUGGACCCGAACCAAAAAAUAAAUUGCUAUCCAAAAAUAUUCGUCAUGACGACUUGUCGUUCUUUUCAAUCGCUGAAGCGAUCUACGAGAAAUAUCCGAAACAACUCCUGAUCGCCACGUUUACAAUUCUUGUCCUGUUCUUUUCUGUCGUAUGGAUGUGUGGAAAGCAGUGGGGACACUCGUCUGCAAUUUCCUCAGCAAUGGCUGUUAACGGCGAAGCACAGACGUCACGUCAAUCGAAUAGUAGUCUGACCGAUUUCAGAAUAAGGGAUUAUUCGAAUGUUCCCGAAGGAUGGAUGUCUACCGGAAAAAUUCAAUACAACCCAAAAGAUAUUUUAGGAAGAGGAUGUCAAGGAACUGUCGUUUACAAGGGCAAAUUUGAUGGCAGAGAUGUUGCGGUAAAGCGAGUUGUCUCGGAAUUCGUCAAAUUUGCGCAUCGCGAAGCAGAUUUACUGAGGGAGAGCGAUGCUCAUCAGCAUGUUAUUCGCUAUUUUUGCAUGGAAGCCGACAGCCAAUUCCGGUAUUUGGCUCUCGAGCUUUGUAUUGCUUCGCUGAAUGAUUACGUUGACAAUGAUGAAGUUCGGAGGGCAGUUAAAAUAUCAUCAAUCGAAAUUUUGCGGCAAGCUGCUGAUGGGUUAGCACAUCUUCAUGCUUCAAAAAUUGUACACCGCGACAUUAAACCACAAAACGUCUUAAUUACUUCGGCGAAUCAAAGCGGUGUCAUGCGUACUGUUAUUUCCGACUUUGGGCUCUGUAAGAAAGUUCAACCUGGCAAGAAUUCGAUAUCAAUCGGACUAACAUCGGGAUUGGUGGGAACUGAUGGAUGGAUUGCACCUGAAGCGAUCAAUUCGAAUAGCACGUCUUACCCAGUUGACAUUUUUUCUCUUGGCUGCAUAUUUUACUAUGUUUUAUCAAAUGGCGAACAUCCAUUCGGUACGCCAAUAGAACGCCAAUCAAAUAUCAUUAAUAAACAAGUCUAUUUGGACAAACUGCAACUUCUUGAUGACUACCAUCUCGCUGAGAAGUUAAUUUCAUCGAUGAUCGCUCAUGAACCAUCUGAACGACCUCUUUCUUCUCAUGUGCUUAUUCAUCCAUUCUUCUGGUCGGCUGAAAGACGACUAGCAUUCUUUUCGGAUGUGUCGGAUCGUGUCGAGAAAGAAUCUGACGAUUGUCCUGUUGUAAGACGUCUUGAAUGUGAAGCAGUUUUUGUAUGCGGAUCUUGGCGGGAUAAGAUUUGCGAUGCUCUGCGUGAAGAUCUUCGAAAGUUUCGCACCUACAAAUCAUUUUCGGUACGAGACCUUCUUCGAGCAAUGCGAAAUAAAAAACAUCAUUAUCAAGAAUUGCCGAAAGAAGUUCAAAAUUCGCUUGGAGAAUUACCUGAUCAAUUUCUUUAUUAUUUUACUUCGAGAUUUCCAAAGCUACUACUUCAUGUGUAUACGGCAUUUGAAUAUUGUUCUGCUGAGUCAGUCUUUCGCAAUUAUUAUUCGGAUGAAGUACGCCAACGAAUGGAAGCGAUUGUAGCGAAGGAAGAGGAAUAUCACAAAGAAAUGCAGAGCAAAGUCGAAGACGAAGAGUGGCAACGAGCCAAAACCAAAACUGCUCGUAGUCCGCAUAAAUUGGAUUCGACGAAGAAGAAUAAAAAGAAAAAAAGUAUGCCGUAA